AUGCAGCAUUUGCUGCCAAAAAGCAACCAUGCGGAGCCUGUUGGUGCCAGUGUUCCGGUCUACUUGGCUGCAGUGCUUGAGCAUUUGGCCGCUGAGGUGCUCGAGCGUGCGGGCAAUGCUGCUCGGGAAAACAAGAAAACGCAGAUCAAUAAGAUUUCAAGGGUCAAUUUCGCGAAAGGUUCAUUGAAUCAAGUACGUAUAACGGUGUCUGUGAGUGUUGUUUGA